AUGUCUUCUUUCUGUAAUAACCAAACAAUUACAGUGCGUAACUUGGACAUUUCAGAGAAUUUAACUAAUGCAAACCCCGGGGCAUCUACCACAAGCACACAGCGCGUUGUCAUGUUAGGUUUAACUCUGGCAGCGUUCAUUCUCUUCGCUGUAGUUGGAAAUAUUUUGGUCAUACUCUCAGUCGCUUGUCACAGGCACCUCCGUAUUGUCACAAACUAUUUUAUCAUUAACUUAGCCGUAGCUGACCUGCUGCUUAGCACCACCGUGCUGCCUUUCUCCGCGACACUGGAGGUGCUGGGUUACUGGGUCUUUGGGCGCGUGUUUUGUAAUAUCUGGGCAGCUGUGGAUGUCUUGUGCUGCACUGCCUCCAUUCUGAGCCUCUGCGUUAUUUCGGUCGACAGGUAUAUAGGCGUGAGCUACCCCCUGCGUUACCCUACGAUGAUGACCAAAAAGCGAGGACUGGUCACUUUGGCAGCAGUCUGGGUGCUAGCAGUGGUUAUCUCCAUUGGCCCUCUGUUAGGUUGGAAGGAGCCAGAUCCACAGGACGACAAUGUCUGCAAGAUUACAGAAGAGCCCGGCUAUGCUCUUUUCUCAGCUCUGGGUUCCUUCUACGCGCCCCUCAUGGUGAUUUUAGCGAUGUAUUUCCGAGUCUACCUGGCAGCCAGAAGAGAGACCAAGAGUCUGUAUUCUGGGAUUAAGAGAGAACGACUGAGCUCCACAGAGGAAGAAGUCACUCUGAGGAUCCACAGGAAGCUCUCAACUGGGGAGAGCUCUUUAAGCAAACACGUGCAGCCAUCUAAUAACAAAGUUCUAAGCAGCUCGUUUUCCUUUAGGAUUCACAAGUUCUCCAAGGAAAAGAAAGCUGCAAAAACACUAGGAAUAGUUGUGGGAGUAUUCAUUCUCUGCUGGCUACCUUUUUUUGUUGUACUCCCUUUAGGUUCAUUUUUCCCACAGUGCAAACCUCCUGAAGAUUUAUUUAAAGUCAUUUUCUGGCUGGGCUAUUUCAAUAGCUGCAUCAACCCAAUUAUAUACCCCUGUUUUAGUCAAGAGUUCAAAAGAGCCUUCAAGUGCAUUCUUAAGGGCCAAUUGAGGAGAAGAACCCCAUUUCAUGCUCAGCAUCAUUUCACCUCCAGAACCAGCAUGGAGAUGACAGUAAGCACUCUGGAAUGCGAACCAGACAAAGACACUUUCAGAUUUAGCACCAUAUCUGAGAAUAGUGAGUCUCUUCCCUACCUGUCAGUUGACCCUGAAUGGAAAUGUAUGUCUUCACUUCAAGAGCUGCAUUCAUACAGAGGGUAAUAUGAUAUGCUGGUCACAUUUUUACAUACAGAUUACUCAAUGUCAUUCUAAUUGGGACCAAGAUAAAUCUGCUUAUAAGAAUAGUCAUUUUUUGCUCAAUGUCAGUCAAAAAAAUAGAAGUAAAAUAAAUGCUGGUACAGCUUUAAAAUAAUAGCUGUAAAAAAAAAAAAAAAAAGUGAAAGCCUUGUCAGUCAGAAACUUUUGAAUUUGUUGUAUUCCAGGUAUUCGACAGCUUAUAAGCUGUUUUAUAACCUGCUAUUUUGAGAAGGGAAAUCAAGGACACCUUAAACUUUGAACAGCAGGCUCUAUUCUAUAGUAAAGUACUUUGGGACCUUGUUUAUAUAGUAGACCAUAUUCAUGUCCAGUUCGAAUAGAUUUACGUAAAGUUUUUGGAAGAUUUAAAACAGAAUUGUAAUCCUCAGGCUUUGUAUCUUUUUGGUUAAAUGUGACCUGCUUUCUCCUGUGUGUGCUAUGUGUUAUCUAUCUUGUAUGUAUUGCAAACAUAUUUGAUUAUCUACUCAAAAUGGCUAUAUUUGUGUCCUAUAUUUUCAAACUACAUAUAUUUAUAAAUACUACAAAAGAUAAUUGUGCAUUACAGUGCUCAUUCAUCAAAUAAAUGUGCAUUAACUACCACUGAAAGCAUUACAAAUUCAUGUACAGUUUUAUUUGAAAUAAAGUAUUGUAUUUAAGUAAUAAAUAUUUAAUUAUUUUGAGCGUUUGUAUUCAAUAACAGUGUAUUGCAUAGCUGCCUUGCCUAAUCAACAUUACCAAGACUGCAAUAUUUCACGAGAACUGCUUAAGGAUUGCUAAAAUAUGUUAUUUAGUUAUCAACAGAUCCACAUCUAAGCUACAGUAUUGGCAUGUCCUGUCCUCUAAGCUAUCAAAGAGUUGUUACCUGUGUUGAGGAGGGUAUAAUGAACUCUUGUAUAUGAUUUAGAAAGACAUGUUUUCAAAACACUGUCCAUGUAUAAAAGUAUACUGAAGUGUAAUGAACCCAGCUGAAACCAUCCCACUCUUGUGAGCAUAUCACCUCUCCUCCUGUUCACAUGGUGUAGUAGUUGAGUUAGAAUGACUAACAAAGCAGGAUGGAGAAAGACAGGUAGUUUAAUUGUGAGGGUGAGGUAGAGGUGACAGUGUUUAGAAGUCAG